GUCAUUGUCAAAUAUUAAUGUCAAAGUCAAACGUCUUAAUUUUUAGGUGCUGUUAUUGGCAAAAAUGGCUUCGAAUUUAUUAAAAAAAGCUAUCUUUUCUAACCCUGUAUCUGUGAGAAAGACCCUUGGAAUAUUCUGCAAUGCUACACGAAACCAUUGGAACUAUCAAUACAUGCCUGGUCCAUACCCGAAGACUCCAGAGGCGCGUGAGGCUGCGGCCAAGAAAUAUGGCUUGACCAUUGAGGAGUACCAACCUUACCCCGAACAUAUGGGCUAUGGUGAUUACCCGAAGUUACCUGACAUUGGAGAGGACUCAAGGGACCCACACUACCCUUAUGAUAAUCCUGAGUUAAAGAGAAACUUUAACGAACCUAUGCAUGCACGAAUGGAAAUAUUUGGUGGUGACCGUUAUGACCCUUCAAUGAAACGCAGGUUCUCAGUACUCUACCAAGCAAUCUGGUUCUUUGGUGUGGUUGGAGGAUCUUUUGCAUUGUACGCGUUUUUGGAAGAUUAUAAGGUUGGCAGGCCUGUCACUGCCAAGCAGUACCCAGCUAACGGACCUCACUAUUCAUUUUCAAGCAACUAAACAUCUAUCAAAUAGUUGUUUGCUAUUUAGAAUUAUAAUUUAUUAGUCUCAAUAAAGCAAUUUGAGUUUUAA